CGUUCAGUCUGAAGGGGAAGGGGCUGGUGCAACGGCAGCGUUUUUCUUUUGGAAACGGAUUAUGUUAUUUAUGUUCUUGCUCACAUAACAUUUUUUUUUUUUUUAAAUUGUGUUUUAUUUUUUUGAAGACGCGACGGACUUCCGGAGCCGCUGUGUGCUUCAGGUCUCCUGUCUCUGACGCCGGAGGAGGACGCGAGGCGAGGAAGUCUCUGUUCGUCCCGUUGGUUCAGAGUUUUUCUCACACGCUCAUUUACGUCACGGGUCAACUGGAUGGACCACACGCAGAGAGAAAGGCUGUCGGCUCUGGUGGAAGAACUGACCACCUCGGGGGAGCCACAGCUCAAUCCUUCCAAGAUGAAGGAUGUGAAGAAGAUCUGCAAGACCUCCAGCGACUACAUUGAUCAUUUCUACCACCUGAUCAUGAGACAGCUGGCGCAGGAACACGCCGAGAUCCGCUUCUCCGCCCUACAGAUGGUUAAUGAGCUCUUCUCCCGCUCUCAUCACUUCCGCACGCUGCUGGUUUCCAACUUCCAAGGGUUCUUGGAGCUGACGGUAGAGACGGACCCGGAGCAGCCGCUGCCUCCUCCCAGAGAGGUGGCGCGGAAGCUGAAGAUCCUGGCCAUCCGCACGGUGGAGGAGUGGCAGGCGAGCUACGGUGAAGCGUACAAGAAGCUGGCCCUUGGCUACCACUUUCUCAAGCAGAUCAAAAAGGUGGAUUUCCACGAUGUUCAGGCCAGGACCCAGGCAGAGAGGAAGAGGCAGGAGGAGAAGCAGAAGAGGUUGGAGAGACUUUACAAAGAUAAAGUGGACAAGGCCACAAAGGAGAUGGAAGAGUCCUUCCAGGAGAUCCAGGAAAGCUUGACCGAGAUACACAGUUGUCUUAAGUUACUCGCACCCCAUCCAGUGGAGUUCAACCUUGGUGACCUAGAACCAGCAGUAGCCUCACAGACAGAGCAGAGUACUGGCCCAGAGCACCGUGGGAAGGCUACGGCCUCUGCUGUGGACGAGGAACAGCCCUGCUGCAGUAAAGACCUGGGCAGCAUAAGGGAUGAAGAUGAGGCUGAGGAGGAGAACAGCGAGGAGGAUUCUGACAUGGAGGAGCUUCCAGAAGAAGAUGCUUUUAUUCGGCACACAGGCCUGAUGUCUUACAAGUACAGCCUGGACUUGGACCUGUCAGCAGAUCUGAAAGUGAAGGAGAGUGAGGAAAACGAGGCUGUGGUGAACACCGUGCGGGACCUGCACAGGCUGAUCAACACCAAGCACCUGCCUGCCGUCCGUUCCUGGGUUCAGGUGUUCACCAAGGCCGGUGUGGACCAGCAGCUGCUGAGGCGGGCUGUUGACCUCAGGACGUCCCUGGAGGAGGCGCUGCGGAGGCACGAUGAACUGCACAUCGAAUACAGGGAGAGAGAGCGCCGAGUGAUGAAGGCGGCAGCGGAGGGAGAGGAGGACGAGGACGAUUUCGAGGAGGUCCCCGAGAAGGAGGGCUUUGAGCCACACAUUCCAGACCACCUUCGUGCCGAAUACGGUCUGGAGCCUCUGGCCUCUUCAUCCUCCUCAUCUUCCUCAUCUCUAUUAAAGUCCGUCCCGGCACCUGGGCCGGCCCCCCCUCAAAUGUCCAAGAGGAGAAUCAGCGAGGAGGAGCAGGACCCCACCUGUGCGGCCGCCACCCUGCGAGUCCUCAGGGAGCGCUUCCCCUCGGCUCGGCUCAGCAGUGGCCCCUGCGGAAACGGCAAAGAGAUGCCGAGCGAGGAGAGGGGCAAAGCGCCGGUCGUCCCCUUUGGCCUGGACCUUUACUACUGGGGAGAGGAGCAGCCGACCGCCGGCAAAAUAAUCAAGAACACCUCCCAGCACCAGUUCUGGGUGCCCCAUGAGGUGGAGGAGGAGGUGGAGAACGAGGAGCUCUCCGCCCAGGCCAAGUCCAGGUUCAUCACCUUUUCCGGCAGCUUCCAGCCGGUGAAACACAAGUGCGGGGCGCCCAUGUCCAACGGGAGUCUGUGUGAGCGGCAGGACCGCGUCAAGUGUCCCUUCCACGGGCCCAUCAUUCCUCGGGACGAGUUGGGCCGACCCAGGAACCCAGAGGACGCUGCCCGUCUGGAGCAGGAGAGGAUGAGGAGGGAGGAAGAGCAGCCAGGUGAUGGCAACAGCCGGACGUCAGACACAAACGGGUAACUUUUCUAAAAAUGGCUGAAAAUGCACUCCUGCAAUUACAACGAACCGACAGGACGCUUCAAAACAUCCUCAAAGCUCACGGUUGUUUGUUGCUUUGAUUCAUUUCACUGGGUUUUACACCACCCCAGUACAACACAUGACAAAAACGAGUCUGCUUUUCAAAUCCCGGGGACCCAGAUAUGUCUCAAGUUCUUUUCCAGUAAAUAUGGAAUGAAUUGUUUUUGGGGGUGUGAAUAGAUAGUCCGGUGUCGUGAAUUCACCCCUUGCUUGGUACAGUGGGUCCGCUCUAGGGGUUGGUGUGUGUUAAGGUACAGUGCUGCGGAAGAGUAUUUGUCGCCGUUCGUUCGGCUUUUUUAAGUGAAAUCUGAUGAGAUAUUUUUACCCGUUCCAGUAGCGUAUGAGUGGAGCCUGAGGCCGAAAAAGUGGCACCGGUACUUUUUUUAUGUCAUUUCCCCUUCACAUUCAGUAACAGGUUCUGUCACCUUUAGCUGCAACGACUGCAGCUAAACACUUCCUGUAGCUGUUGACCAGGGCCUCACAACGCUGUGGACGAAUUUUGUUCCGCUGCCCUUGUGGAUAAGUGUCUCACUGCGCCGACAUGAACACCGGCCGCAGAUUGGCGGGACCCUGAGCUGAUGCGGGACAUCGAAGCUGCCACCGGAGAGGACCUGGGCUCUUCCAAGACCUUUGGCAA